UCAGCUACACCAAUCAUUCCAAAACGUCCACAACAAAUUUUGUCCCCAACCAGUGCUUUAGAGGAAGCUCGAGCCAGACUACAUGUAUCAGCUGUUCCAGAUAGUUUACCAUGUCGAGAGAAAGAAUUCUCAGAUAUUUAUUCUUUUGUUGAAAGUAAAUUAUAUGAUGGCACUGGAGGGUGUAUGUAUAUAUCAGGAGUACCAGGUACAGGUAAAACAGCCACUGUACAUGAAGUUAUUAGAACAUUAGAAAUUAAUGUAGAGGAAGAUGAUCUACCUAAGUUUAAAUAUUUAGAAAUUAAUGGUAUGAAAUUAACUGAACCUAGACAAGCCUAUGUACAGUUACUAAAGGAAUUAACAGGACAGAAAGCUACACCUGAUCAUGCAGCUGAUUUAUUAAAUAAAAAAUUCAGUACACCUGGACCGAGACGAGAAACAGUUGUUUUAUUAGUAGAUGAGCUUGAUUUAUUAUGGACUCGUAAACAGGAUGUGAUGUAUAAUAUAUUUGAUUGGCCAACCAAACAACAUGCUAAAUUAGUUGUUCUAGCUGUAGCUAAUACUAUGGAUUUACCAGAACGUAUUAUGAUGAAGAGGGUCUCUAGUCGAUUGGGUUUAACAAGAAUGACAUUCCAACCCUAUACAUUUAGACAGUUAGAAAAUAUUGUAACAUCAAGAAUGAAAGGCUUGAGGGUGUUUGAUGACGAUGCUUUACAACUUGCUGCUAGAAAAGUUGCUGCUGUAUCAGGGGAUGCCAGAAGAGCUUUAGAUAUUUGUAGAAGGUCAACAGAGAUAGCUGAAUCUUUACAUAAAGGAAAAGGUGAAAUCUUGGUGGGAAUGUUACAUGUUAAUACAGCUUUAGAAGAAAUGUUUUCUUCACCAAAAAUAGUAGCUAUUAGAAACCUUUCAGCCCAGGAACAAUUAUUUUUACGUGCUGUGGUUGCUGAGUUUCAGAGAACUGGUGUAGAAGAAUCAGAAUUUUCUAAAUUGUAUUCCCAACAUUUAUCAUUAUGUAGAUUUGAAAGUAUUCAACCACCAACUACAUCUGAAUUAGCUGGUAUGUGUUCAAGAUUAGGGAGUAUGCGGUUAUUACUAGUAGAACAUGGCCGACAAGAUCUAUAUAUGAGAGUCAGGUUAAAUAUUAGUCAAGAUGAUGUCUUAUAUGCUCUACGUGAUACAGAAUUCAGUUGA